GGUAACAUAGCUUUCUCAGAAGUGACCAAGAUGGCGGAAGGUAAUGAUAAGACUAGGGAGAGAAGAAUCAACUUUGCUGCACUGAAAAAGCAAGAUAAACACGCUGAAGGCAUUUUAGAUACAGCUUCGUCAGUUGCACAUUAUAAAUUCGAUGCAACAACAGAGAAAUGGGAGAAAACAGAGUUUGAAGGCUCAUUAUUUGUUUAUAAAAGAAAUGAGGAUGGGAUUACAGUUGCAAUGAUGAUAAUGAAUAGAUUGAAAAAAGAAAAUUUAUUAACAAUUAUUGGUACUGGAAUGGAAUUUAGACAGCAAGAGCCAUUCUUACUUUGCAGAACUGCAAAAGAUAUAAUUGGAAUUUGGUUCUAUGAUGCAACUGAAUGUGCACGGAUUUCAGCACUAUUGACCAGGAUAGCUGAACUUGCAGGAGACAAGGAGCAGCUUAAAAUUGAAAUAGAUGAAGCAUUAGCUGAAGUUGAAAAGGCUGAGCCCCCGAAAGUGGAUGUGAUGCAGCUGUUUGCCAAAGCAAAGGAAGACUUUGACCAGCGGCAUCAUAAAAAAGACGGCAUCACCAAAUCUGUAUCUAUGACGAAAUUUGUGCCCAGUGAGCAGAAUAGACCAACCAUUCUCAAGAGAACGAAUUCAUUUCCAGAAAGUAUAAAUGAAGUUGUACCAGACAACAGUGACGAUGCUGGAAUUUCCAUGAAUAUGAAAGGCAAGAAAAGCCAAGAUUCUGACACCUUAAUGAGACUGCUACAGGGCACGAAACGGCAAGCAAGAAAGUCACGGUCAAGAACUUUGUCUUAUGGAGAACAAGUGGAUACUGAAAACAAAAUGCUAGCCGAACAGCUUAAGAAGUACCCUGGUGAUCUUGCUGUACACAGAGAGGAUAGCGCCCCGAAGCAAAAGGAGAGAACAUUUCCACCAAAAACGAACGUUAUUGAUGUAGCUAUGUUAGAGGCUAAUGUUUUGGGCAACUUAGGUGGCAACACUGACAGUCAAGAAGCAGAAAACGCUAGAGAUGUUGUUCCAAACGCUAAAAACCCUGGAAACGACGUUGAAAAUAGCCCUAUGAAUCGAACGCCAACAAAAAUAAAAGGAACAAGACAAUCAGUAGGGAGAGGGCUUCUCACCCAAUUAGCUGAUUCUCCGUCAGGAUCAACUGCCCGUCGUGAACUGAUGUUGGGGUCGAAGUUUCCAGAACCCCCUCCAAGUGGCCUUGUCGGCUCACUGAUGUCACCAAUGCAAUUCAAGGCCGGUUUAAAAGCAGUAAGCUCUCAGGAUAUAUCCAACAUAGGAGAAGUUUCACAAUUGAAUAAGCAGCAGUUCAGAGAUGCAUUUAUCGAUUUACUGCAGAAUGACAACACAUUUUUGGAGAAGCUACACAACUCUUACCUGAGCAUGGCUUCAAAAACCCCAAGAUGACUUGCAUAGACUGUGUGUGAGUGAAACUUCAUGCUUUUGUUCCAGUUGCUUGUUCCGGUUGUUUGUUCCGAUUUCUAUUCGGCUUCGGAUGACAGUCGGUUGGACAUGGGGUUGUUGCCAGGUACGCCAUUAUAUGCCAUUUGUGUUUGGCAUUGCCAAAGAGAUGAAGCCAGUGUUAAAUGAGAGAGCAUCGUGGAUGUUUACUAGUCAAUGUGACAUAAUUGUAACGAGAAGUACAUCAUGCCACAUAGUAAUUAUUUAGAAAGGGCAACAAGAGCAGUUUAAUUACCCGGAUACCUGUUUUUUUAUAAUUUUCAACAACGCUGUUAAAGCUUAGUGCAGACAAUUUUCCGAAGGCUGCCAUUUCAUUAAAUUCUCUUACAGUGAAGAAAGGGUGUAAAUGAACUGCGUAGAUAAAUAUUCCUCAACAAAACUGCGUGAUCAAGCUAAAAGAUAAUGAGGCAAAUUUUAGGAUCAUAUUUUAUGUCAGUUUUAUGCCAAGAACAUCAUUCAUCUUCUCCUCGCAGGCUUAUUGGUGUUAAUACACAGUAACAAAGUACUUCAAGCACUUUGUGUAAGGCAAAAAUUGCUUUCUGUACAAUUGUUAUCGUAGCUGAGUCUUUUUUAUCACUAAUAUGGUAAAAUGUCAACAACUUUAGCAGUCCAUUUGAAAUAGAUUAGAAUAGCAAAGAAUUGAUGAGAAUGCUUUUCCCAAGCUAUCUCAAA